GCCAUGUAUUCUGGUUUUUUUCCACCGUCGAUUUCGCGCUUCCGUCUCGUCCGAAUACCAGUAACCGGUCGUUAAUUGGUUUUUCCUUGCGUCUCGCCUCUUUUUUGGAGGAUUCGGAGCCUCGGAUCUAGUGCUUGUAGACUUUUUCUUGUCAUCCUCUCACUUUCCCCGCGUGCGAUUGAAGAAAUACGAGGAAUUCGCUGUUCCAGAAGUCGUAUCCGUCGGUCAUCUUAGGGUGGCUUCGGGUUGGUAUCGCUGGCUUCGAAUUCGACAUUAUGGUGUUGUGCUUUAGGAAAUUUCGGGGGAUUGUAUUGUGGUUGCCGUGUUUGAAUCGAUUUGGGAGCUGAUGGUGACGUGCUUGGUGAAUACGUUAUGUUGUUCUAAUUGCAAUUCUCAAGAUAGAUCCAUGGCAUUUGAGCAAUACUUUGCCCAGGAGUGGAGGCCCAUCUCUGGACCAGCAAUAGAUUCUGGAAAUUGCAAUGGCUGUUUCGACUGCAACAUCUGUUUAGACUUUGCGAUUGAGCCCGUGGUUACUCUCUGUGGUCACCUCUACUGUUGGCCCUGCAUCUACAAAUGGCUCCAUGUACAAAGCGCCUCGCUUGCUUCUGAUGAGCACCCGCUGUGUCCCGUCUGCAAGGCUGAAAUAUCCCACACAGCAAUGGUCCCUCUGUAUGGCCGCGGCCAAAGCUCUAAAGAGUCCGAUCUACAAGACAAGGCACUCCAACUAGGAACAAUCGUACCCCCGAGACCAGCAGCUUGCGGGAUCAAAGCUCUCGCCCCUGCUACACCUAGCACCGGUCAGCAGCUCCCCUACCGUAAUCCUUACCAAAACCCGUAUUACAGUGCCAAUUCGUUUGAAGAAGAUUCGCCAUCGCCAUUCCUCAGUGUGGGAUCCGUAGGCCUCCACCACUCGAUGGUGGGAAUGUUCGGGGAGAUGUUUUAUGCUAGAGUCUUCGGCAAUUCGGACAGCAUAAAUGGUUACCCGAAUUCGUAUAGGUACAUGGGAGGAAGUAGCCCGAGGCUGAGGAGGCAGGAAAUGCAGGCGAAUAAGUCGCUGAGUAGAGUAACUUUCUUCCUCUUCUGUUGCUUCCUGCUCUGUCUUAUUGUAUUCUGAGCUUUGGUGAAUGAGCUUGGUUGAAGCAGGUGUUUUUCCAACCCCUCACCCGUUUAGUAUACUUGUAUAGCGUUAAAGAAUGAAUCUAAAUGGCUCGGCUUUCCCUGGAGAA